GUUAGGGGCAGGUGCAGUCCAAGGCGCUGUUUUCAGGUAGAGGUUCUAGUACUCUCAUUUCGUCCGCUUAGUCGUCUAGGCGUGUGGCUCAUAUCAGCUCAGCGGUGCUAUUUGAGUGUCAUCUGUUGCCACCCAUUGAUGUCAAGAUGACCAAGCUGGGAUUUUUACGGUUGUCCUAUGAGAAGCAGGACACACUUCUGAAGCUUCUAAUUCUGUCAAUGGCUGCUGUGUUAUCGUUCUCCACUCGUCUCUUUGCUGUCCUGAGAUUUGAAAGUGUCAUCCAUGAAUUUGAUCCGUACUUUAAUUAUCGGACUACCCGGUUCCUGGCUGAGGAGGGAUUUUAUAAAUUCCAUAACUGGUUUGAUGACCGGGCCUGGUACCCUUUGGGACGAAUCAUUGGAGGAACAAUUUACCCAGGCUUAAUGAUCACCUCCGCUGCAAUCUACCAUGUCCUCCAUUUUUUCCACAUCACCAUCGACAUUCGGAAUGUCUGUGUGUUCCUGGCCCCUCUCUUCUCUUCCUUCACCACCAUCGUCACGUACCACCUUACCAAAGAGCUCAAGGAUGCAGGAGCUGGACUUCUUGCUGCUGCCAUGAUUGCUGUAGUUCCUGGCUAUAUCUCCCGAUCUGUGGCUGGCUCCUAUGAUAAUGAAGGGAUUGCCAUCUUCUGCAUGCUACUCACCUACUACAUGUGGAUCAAAGCAGUAAAGACUGGUUCCAUCUAUUGGGCAGCCAAGUGUGCCCUUGCUUAUUUCUACAUGGUCUCUUCAUGGGGAGGGUAUGUGUUCCUGAUCAACUUGAUCCCGCUUCAUGUACUGGUGCUGAUGCUCACAGGACGUUUCUCCCACCGGAUCUAUGUGGCCUACUGUACUGUUUACUGCCUGGGCACCAUUCUUUCCAUGCAGAUCUCCUUCGUGGGUUUUCAGCCCGUCCUUUCAUCAGAGCACAUGGCAGCCUUUGGGGUCUUUGGUCUCUGCCAGAUCCAUGCCUUUGUGGAUUAUCUACGCAGCAAGUUGAAUCCACAGCAAUUUGAAGUUCUUUUCCGAAGUGUCAUCUCCCUGGUAGGCUUUGUCCUUCUCACCGUGGGAGCUCUCCUCAUGCUGACAGGAAAAAUAUCUCCCUGGACAGGGCGUUUCUACUCACUGCUGGAUCCUUCUUACGCUAAGAACAACAUCCCCAUCAUCGCCUCUGUGUCUGAGCAUCAGCCUACGACCUGGUCCUCGUACUAUUUCGACCUGCAGCUUCUCGUCUUCAUGUUUCCAGUUGGUCUCUAUUAUUGCUUUAGCAACCUGUCGGAUGCCCGGAUUUUCAUCAUCAUGUAUGGUGUGACCAGCAUGUACUUUUCAGCUGUGAUGGUGCGUCUGAUGCUAGUGUUGGCGCCUGUUAUGUGCAUUCUUUCUGGCAUUGGAGUCUCUCAGGUGCUGUCCACUUAUAUGAAGAAUUUGGACAUAAGUCGACCAGACAAGAAGAACAAGAAACAACAGGAUUCUACCUACCCUAUUAAGAAUGAAGUGGCAAGUGGCAUGAUACUGGUCAUGGCUUUCUUUCUCAUCACCUACACCUUUCAUUCAACCUGGGUGACCAGCGAGGCCUACUCCUCUCCAUCCAUUGUGCUGUCUGCUCGUGGUGGGGAUGGUAGUAGGAUCAUUUUUGAUGACUUUCGAGAAGCGUACUAUUGGCUUCGUCACAAUACUCCAGAGGAUGCGAAGGUCAUGUCAUGGUGGGAUUAUGGCUACCAGAUUACAGCUAUGGCGAAUCGGACAAUUUUAGUGGAUAACAACACAUGGAAUAAUACCCAUAUUUCUCGAGUAGGGCAGGCAAUGGCAUCCACAGAAGAAAAAGCCUAUGAGAUCAUGAGGGAGCUUGAUGUUAGCUAUGUGCUGGUCAUUUUUGGAGGCCUUACUGGGUAUUCCUCUGAUGACAUCAACAAAUUUCUCUGGAUGGUCCGGAUUGGAGGGAGCACAGAUACAGGCAAACAUAUCAAGGAACACGAUUAUUAUACUCCAACUGGGGAAUUCCGUGUGGACCGUGAGGGUUCUCCAGUGCUGCUCAAUUGCCUCAUGUACAAGAUGUGUUACUACCGCUUUGGACAGGUCUACACAGAAGCCAAGCGUCCACUAGGCUAUGACCGUGUUCGGAAUGCUGAGAUUGGGAAUAAAGACUUUGAGCUUGAUGUCCUGGAGGAAGCAUAUACCACAGAACAUUGGCUGGUCAGGAUAUACAAGGUGAAGGACCUGGAUAAUCGAGGCUUGUCAAGGACAUAAAUGUUAUGUCCGUUCGGCUCUGAUCUGCUUCGCACUGAGUGUGUCACAUUUAGGGCGCUGAAGAUGGUUUAAAAAUAUGCAGUUUAUAAGAACAGAGCGUGAUGAGAUUAGAAUUGUCUGGGAGGUUUUGUCCUGGGCAGUAUGGGCUGAGCCAAAUGGAAUGAUCUUUAUAAUUCUGAGCAGGUUACCAAAUGAAAUGUCAUGGCUUUACUUUGGUCAAUUAAAGGGGGGAAUUUUUUUUAAAACGUG